AGCGGGAGAAGGAAUCUGAACCCCUGACGCAGGCUCAAUCGAUCGACUGGGGGAAAUCCCUGCCCUUUUGUGCAGAAGCACAAGGGGCGGCCGCCUUGGCGCACGGAGGCUCUGCUGCCCAAGCGACAGGUACGGAGUGAGCUGGGCGGCCACAGGCAAAUCCGGCUGCUGAGCGAGCUGCGAGACAGCGACAGGCUGGCGGAGCAGGAGGAGUUAGUCAGGGGCUGAGUCACGGGAUGACCUCUAAGGAUGCUUCAAGUGAAGCUAAUAGUAACUGGAGAUGACUUUGGCUACUGUCCUCGGAGAAACCAAGGCAUCGUGGACUGUUUCCUGGCUGGUGCGGUAUCUAACGUGUCCCUUCUAGUCAACGGAAGUGCUGCAGCAGAUGCAGCCAAGCUGGCAAGGAGACACAACAUCCCAAUAGGCCUGCAUGCCAACCUCUCUGAGGGCUCUCCUGUAUGUGAGGUACUCAAGACAAACUCUUCUCUGCUCAACCAAGAUGGAUUCUUCCAUGGGAAAAUGGGAUUCAGAACAGCUCUAUCAAAAGGUCUCCUGAAUAUGUCAGAGGUGAAGCAGGAGCUAAAGGCCCAGGUGGAGUUGUUCCGUGAGCUGACAGGUCACCUACCUCCUCACAUGGACGGGCACCAACACAUCCAUGUCCUUCCAGAGGUCAGGCAUGUGUUUGCAGAGGUGCUGCAGGAGUAUGGGAUUAAGUACACACGUGUCCCCAUAGAGCCAGGCCUUCAUAACUGUGACUGGAUUCCACCAGCCCUGAUGGACUUUUAUCUGGGAGUAGAGGAAGAUUCCUUUAACACAGUGGAUGUAUUUACACAUCAUGGAAUAAGGUUGGUUGUAAAGCCCAAGCACGGUGGCGUGCAAGCGCUGCACCCCGCAGCCGAGUGUCAGAGAAGAGCAGCAGGCACCUUUCAGAGUGACCCCAGACUGCAGCCCUUCCCAGAGGCGUUUGGCGCGCGUUCCUGCUGCGUGGUACCAGAGCGCGCCCCAGGCACCACAGCUGUAGAAGGCGGCUGCAGAGCACAGCCAGACCCGCCAGUGCCAUCUAGUGACCCACGACCCCCUCACCGGCAGGGAGAGACAUGACAGAGCACCCUUAAUUUAACAGAGCCAGGCUUUGCGUGCAAUGUCACGCUGCUUUGGUGGCUAUUUGUUAACCUUACUUUUAAUGUUUUAAUCGCUCCAUCUUCUAUCCAAUGACUACUAUGCUUAUAACCCUCAGCAAGUUACUCACCUGGUGCCUGCAGGAAGCAUUUUCUGCCAGCUGAACACGAGAUCAGGGUAGUUUUUACCAGAGCAGGGAAAGUUCUGUACUGCCAAUAAAACCACGUAUUGUGCAAAUUUUGUACUUUUCAGUGAACAGCAUUAAACACCAAAUUUCCUUUUAAAUGCAAGAGAGUUUUAUGUGAAGAAAUGAAUAAAGAACUACUAAAAGACUUCUAAAUAGGGAAGGUAAGACUUCUAAAUAGGGAAGCUCUGCAUAGAUAAGGAAGUUCCUUAGUGGUUCACAGAUUCCCAGAUUGCAUCAGGUUGGAAGGGAUCCUCAAAGGUCAUCUUGUCCAACGCCCCCUGCAGUAAGCAGGGAUGCUGCUGACGAGAUCAGGCUGCCCAGGGCCACAUCAAGUCUGAAAUUCCUAUCACACAGCUGUAACAAUCCAUCAAAGUCCUUAAACCAAAACAUUUUAGGACUCAGCCUUUGCAUGUAAUUCUAUUUGUCCCAGAAAAAAACAAUAGAAAAUGAGUUAGAAUCUAAGAGAGAGGUCUAACUGACACUAUGACCUAGAAAGGUUGGACCAGAUGAUCUUUGGGGUCCCUUACAGUUUGGCACAUUCUGUGAUUGUAUCCCUUUGGUCCAACUGAAGAGCUUGGUUCUACAAAAACUUCAAAGACAAGACUGAGUUCACAUUAAACACAUUUACAGAGACGACUGUCACCCUACCAGGAUACAUAACUAGUCUAAAUCCCAGACCUCUCUGAAAAUAAAACCAUGCCACAAAGCCUUUGAGAGCAAUUUUUAUUAGGGUAGCAGAAUGGAAUUGCAGAAAGCCUGUACCAGUACUCCUGGGUGCAGUUUCACCAAUAUGCUGUUUUUAUUUUGGAUAUUAAAUUGCAGGUUCAGAAUUCAGCAUGGCUUAGUGAACCAGGGAGAACAAGAAGGUGAUUUCCUGAGUUAACAAUAGGACUUCGGACUUCAAUUUUUUUCUCCUCAGGCUUCAACCAUACAGUCCAGCAUUUGAUCUCUGUCUUGUUUUCAGAGGGCUGCCUACAAACAAAAGCCAUCGCUUAGGUUACACAUCUUGUAGUUUAGGAAUUGAGCUAUGAAGCACACAUCAAUAGAAGUGAUAGCAACAUCUGUCUUCUAUGUGACCUCUGCAGAUGAAAUUGGAAUAGCUGGCAUAGCGCUGCUGCAGGCCUGGAGCUCCUCCAGUUACACAGCCCUUCCAGUCCCCUUCCCACAGCAUCCAAGUCAUACCAAGUGGCAGAAACGCAGUCUUUGCCCUGAGAGGCUUACAACCAGGAAGCGUACUACGGAGCAGGAACGAGGGCAGCAAACCAGUGCUAAGGUUUUGGUUUGAACAAGAAAAUUUAGAGAAUGGCAAAUCUCCAUGCCCACAGACAUGAUCAGAGGUACAGUGACUUGGGUGGUGCAGAAGUUACACACUUCAGUUUGACAGCUAAUUUGGCAUUAUUUUAUUAUGAAUCUGAGUGAGAGUGAACAAAACAAAAUCAGUUCCAACUUCCUGCAAAUGGAGACACCAAAGACGUGGAGAUCUGGUUCUAGACAGUGCUCUCACAAGCCUGAAAACACUUAGGAAAUGCAAGUUUCCGUAAAUAAGGUGAACGUGGUAUAACUUUAUUUACCUGCCAAAGAAUCUGUCUGAGAACACUUAAACAUAAAAUUUCUUAGCUCCCUAACUUAUAAAAAAACUUUACUUUCAUCAGAGGUGAGGUACUGGGCUGUCAUUGUUUACACUAAGAAAUGAAAGCCAGAUGAGAGGGAUGACUGAGGAGAUAGCAGAUAUACAAGACAUUAAAACCAAAAGAGACCUACUGCUUGACACACUAGUUCUGAAAGGUUGCAAAGGCAGAGGCUGUGUUAAAACUGAGUUCAGGAGUACAAAGAACCAGCUGGGUGUGAGGGAUUUUCUAACUCAGCCUUCUGCACAUCAGUCUGCUGUGUGCUCCUGGAUGCCUACAGAUUUCUGAAGACGAAGCUGUUUGCUCAAUAGCACACCCAGCCUGGCCAGGCAGAGAGGAGGAGGCAGUUUGACUGUGCGGCAGUUUGCCUGUGGAGCUAUGAUCACACUGCUGACUGGGGAGGAAAGACAGGCAGGAGAAGAGCAGAGACACGGCAAAGGAUGCUCAGUUCUGAACAGAAAGGGCUUCCUUCAGCAUGCGUAGGGGUGCCCUGGAGCAGUGGGGAAAGAGCUCUGCCCGAUGCAUUUAGAGUGACAGAAUGGUACUUGAAGUUCUCAUAAAUCAUCUAACCUGUGUGGUUUAGAGCAGGAGCAGCAGGGAAGCACGCUCUCAUACAGGUUAUUGCUUAAUCCUGUCCUCAUACCCUCUCCAGUAAGAACUGUACAGGAAUUGGGCUGGGAAGGGGCAUGAGUGCCAUCCCAGAAACACAGAUGGUUCUUACGCAUUCUGAUGGAAAAGUGUUCUAGGAUGACCAGCAGUGCUGUCAGAUUUAGUAUUCAAAUUCAAAAUUAACAUUUCCAAGCUAUCAAGUUUUUAACUCAAACCCCAAUUUAUCACUUUGGUACCUCAUGGUCCCCAAUUUCUGGCACUUUUCCCAGCGGGUGGCAAUGUUGUUCUGUGCACAUUUCCCUAGCUACUCUGCAUGGAUAUUAGGAAGAGAAGUGAAAGAAGUUUGUAAUCAACAUUCCACUACUUGUUUGCUACAGAAUUCUUUUUUCCCCAAAGUUUUCCAAAAGCAGGACCUAAGCCAUAUUUUAAUUCAAGGACGCAGACAAAAACUUGGGUUUCCCCGUUUAAUAAACAUCUUGUGGUAACAUCAGCCAGAUUUACAUAAGACCUGGAGAUUCUGAUUGAUUGUGGUUGGGUGUUUUUGUGGGGUUGGUUUGGUUGUUGUUUAUUAUGUUACAAACUGAAGUUAAGGGGAACUUGCAGCAAGUCCCACAAAGCACAGUGCAACAUUUAAAAAGGAAACAAAACUGCCAAACACUCAAAUAAUUUUCUGCCAGAACUGGGAUUUUUU